CCAAACUUCACCAGAAGCUGCUGACCGCACGCGAUUUAGGGCGGACCAUAAAGGAGGAGCGCAGCGCGCGCACAAACACACCGCUGCCUCGAGGACACAUCUUUCUGUUCCUCCUGGAUUUUAGUGGGGAAAAAUCUCUUUUAAUUUCUGCUUCUGUUCUAUGGUUUUCUUUGAAUCCCCCAUUUGGGCGUCAGAUCCCGACAGUUAGCAGUGAGCCACUUUGGGGCGGACAUGGAGCCCUACACGGUCCCCGGAGCCGCAGCGCAGCUCUCUCUGUCCGACCUGUACUCCGUCAUCCCCUUUAACGUCACCUUCCCGGAGGAGCUGGCCGAGCUGAACGCCACGGAGCCCGGCAGCCCGGUGAGGGGCGCCGGGGAAAUGGUCAUCGCCGUGUCCAUCACGGCGCUCUACUCGGUCAUUUGCGUCGUGGGACUGCUGGGCAACGUCCUCGUCAUGUACGGAGUGGUCAGAUACACCAAGAUGAAGACAGCCACCAACAUCUACAUCUUCAACCUGGCCCUGGCCGAUGCCCUGGCCACCAGCACGCUGCCUUUCCAGAGUGCAAAGUACCUCAUGAACACCUGGCCCUUUGGGCAGCCUCUGUGCAAGCUCAUCAUUGCCAUUGACUACUACAACAUGUUCACCAGUAUCUUCACCCUCACUAUGAUGAGUGUGGACCGCUACAUUGCUGUGUGCCAUCCCGUCAAGGCGUUGGGCUUUCGGACACCAGUCAAGGCUAAGAUGAUCAAUGUCUUGAUAUGGGUUCUGUCAUCCGCGAUUGGGGUGCCGAUUAUGGUUAUGGCUGUGACCAGAGUGACAGAGGCUGGUAACAUUACAUGCAUGUUGAAAUUUCCGGAUCCUGACUGGUACUGGGACACCGUGACUAAGAUCUGUGUUUUCAUCUUCGCCUUUGUGGUCCCUGUGAUGGUCAUCACUGUUUGCUACGGCCUGAUGAUCCUGCGUCUGAGGAGCGUCCGUCUGCUCUCAGGCUCCAAGGAGAAAGACCGCAACAUGCGGCGAAUCACCCGCAUGGUCCUGGUGGUGGUGGCGGCCUUCAUCAUCUGCUGGACCCCCAUCCAGAUCUUUAUCAUCGUGAGGACGAUGGUGGAGAUCAACACCAGGAAUACUUUUGUCAUAGCCAGCUGGCACUUAUGCAUCGCCUUGGGCUACACCAACAGCAGUCUCAAUCCUGUCCUUUAUGCCUUUUUGGAUGAAAAUUUCAAGCGUUGCUUCAGGGAUUUCUGCCUGCCCUGUCGGACCCGCACGGAGCAGAACAGUGUGACCAGCGCCCGCAACACCACUCGGGAGCCGGUGUCUGUCUGUGCUCCGACCGAGGCGGGAAGGAAGCCUGCAUGACUAGCCGAGGAGCGGGUCCUACUUAGCUCCAACAUGAGCAGAAUCCAUCAAGAUCCACAGUCACAGGACACCCUGAUCUCCACCACAGAGUUUUGAUGCCCAGUGAGGAUGAAGUACUGGGGUAAAAUAAGCAGGAAUCUCUGAGCUCACUGUCAAAAACAGUGUCUGACUUUCACAGAUUGUCCAAAGCCCAUCAUCCUACAGCAAGAUCAUGAAACAGAAUGUUGUUUGUUUUUAGCUCAGAAUAAGACGGUAGCAGAGUUCAAGACAACAGCAGCAGCUGGUACACUUAGAAGGAUUUCAGUGAUUGUGUUGGCAGGUGAAACAUCCAUAUAAAAAAAACAAAAACAGCUUCAGUGUUUGGUUUUUUUUUUGCAUUGACAAAGUGAGAAAUGUAUGACACACCAAACCAACGAUGGCUUGGUGGAAGAGUCCUCUGCUUGAACUGUUUCGAUCAAAAGGAGGCCACAACGAUCUGCGCUGCACUAGAACGUGUGAUUGGAGGAUUUUUAAGUGUUUCUUGCUGAAUAUUUAGAAAUACAAUCAAUUUCAAAUUACAUGGAAGGAUACAUAUCACAGACCCACUUUGAGAUCAAAAUUUGUUGCUACUCAGCUGUCCACUGGUGACCACCACUGGCAACCUCAACCAUGACAACGGCUUAAUGCCUGCAGACUAAUACUUCAGAGGCUGCCAGUGAAAUUCGGUUCAAUUCUACUCCAAACGAUAAUUAGAAAAAGAAACUCUGAGGUCUGUCUCGCUCUGUUGGACACUUGUGAAAAGUGGCGCGGUGCUCUCUUAAGUGAUGACUCACUCUGGGAAAUUCAGCUUCCUCAAUCAGACUGGAGCCAGCGGUCCUGGAAGCCGGAGCCAGCGGUCCUGGAAGCCGGAGCCAGCGGUCCUGGAAGCCGGAGCCAGCGGUCCUGGAAGCAGAGACGGAGGUGAUGAAUGAUGACUUCAUCUGAGCGGACAUGCUUCACACGACUGUUUGUAAAAGAAGUCAAAUCCAGCUAAAUGUGGGUUUUCCUGCAAGUUCAGAGUUUAAACUAUGACAACAGAGUGAGGCGUUUGAGAGACAUUAAACACAUCUGAACUAAUAUGUAGCCUUUCAAAAGUAUUAACACUACUUUCACUUUUCACCAUUUUCACUUUGUGUUGAAUUAAAACUUGUGGUUUGACUCAAUAAGAUUUUCUUUAACAGAGUUAAUUGCAGGGUCUGUAAUUAACUUAAGAAAAGGUGGAAUGAUGAUGUAAAUGUUUGCAUUAAAACAAUUUAAUCUUAAGUAACUUAAACGCUGAGGUGCUUUGUGAUUGGUUCCGCUUUCUUCCCUCUGAAUAUUCAGAUUCUGCUGCUGUCUCUUUAUUUCACGCAGAAACAUAAACAAGUGAAGAGACUUCAUGUGUAAGAACAGUCUACUGAAACUGUUGGACUUUCUCACUGGCUCUGAGAUGGAGACAAUAAAUAGCACAAGCUCUGUAAACAACAUGAGACGUAAAUGUUCGCCAUGUGAUUUGUUUCCUCGUGUGUUUCCGUAUCGUGUGCUGCAGAGUGUGUCGCUGUUCAUCCUAUGACUAUUGCUGCCUUUGUUGGGUGUGUGAAUGUCUCUCAGAGCACAUAACCUUUGCAAAUUUACAUUUCUUCAGGAAAGAAUGUAAUGUUCUCUACAUUAUGAAUACAGAUAUUCAGUCUCCAGCAGAUAUUUUUGUUUUAGGCUAACAGUACCAAACAUGAUGCAAGUUCUUCUUCUUUUGGAUGCUUCCUGCAGGGAUCACUAGACUGAAUCAUUUGCAUUAAUUUCAAAUGAAUGAAUGCAAAUUCAGUCAUUGAAUGUUGUUAUUCACUACAUUCAUGAGUCUUGUUUUCUCUGUGACCUUCCUCUCCUCCUGUAGCUUAGCUCCAAAUUCUAACUCAUAUGUCCGUAUCCGUCCUCUCCUGACCUCUUAGCCUCUCUGGCUUCCCAGCCUAAGCUGUCCUUCUAAUAUAUAAAUCUGAACCUCAUCAGUUCCAGUAGCUGCCUUUCUAUUAACCAUAUAAUUGCACAAGCUGACAUUUUGAAAAUUUAUUUGCUUAAUGUAAACAUACCAAUUUGGAAAAAAACUAAUUGUUUUUCCAUUAAAAGAGUUGGUGCUAGGAUGAGGUGGGUUUUUUUCUUGGCUUUAUCGAACAUGCAAUGGAAACACGAGUCACAUGAUCAACAACUUGAUGUUGUCACUGGCACAGAUCAUGAAGACGACAUGUUUUAAUAAUGACUUAUUUAUAUGGGAUUUUUAUUGGUUCUUAAUUAAUGGAAACAAUACAAUUGUGGAAAUGUAUUUUUUCAACAUAUUGAAAAAGUUUUCCUCACAUUUGUAAUGGAACUGCAGCUAAUAGAAACCUUUCCUCCAUCUCUGACUUCUUGCCUUCCUCUCCAUCCAGUUGGCCAGAUUAAUUAAACUCUCACUGUUCGUUUAGCCACUAACUGCAGCUCCUUCUAUUAAACAACAUAACCCUGCACCAAAAAUAUAUAUUUACAUAUUGUAGAAUCAAUCCAGCACCAGGUAAAUACAGGGUAAAUACCAAUGCUGAUAUCAAUAUUUUUGAUUUACGUUUGAUAAUUCAUCAAAUUUUUCGCAUUUUAGGUUCCAGAAGUUUCUCCUGUGUUCAAGCAUAGGAGAGAAUUUGGUCACGGUUUAUAUUUUAAUGACACAUUAACAUGACAAACAGAAACAAUGGAAAACCAAAAACAUAUAAAAUGCAAAAAAAAAAAA